AUGAGGGAAAGUUUGGAAACAAUUUUGGAAAUACAUUCAUUUUGGUUAACUAAUAGACAGGAGGAAGAAUUAAGAGAGGAUUUGAAAAAUGGAAAAUCAUUGGAUGGGGAAAUAUAUGAAAAAGUUUAUUUAUGGCUUCUUAGCUUGGAAUUAACUGAAAUGAAAGAGGCAGCUUCUGAUGUCUUUAAAAGAUGUAAUGGCUUUUCGUUAGAGGAAUUAAGAGACGCUAAUCAACGUGCCGAAAUACUCAUAGUAGAAUUAGACUUAAAAUAUUUUGUAGCAAGAUGCAAUAAUUUUGAAGAUAGCCUUGUUAAACUAGCAACAAUUGUUGAUGAAAAAUGGAAAAGAAACGAUAUUGUUCGAAAAUAUUGUAAUUUAACAAAUACUAAUACAAAAAUAAGAAAUAAGCGAGAGACUAGAGGGCUGUCCAGAAGUGAUUAUAAUUAUUUAAAAUAUUUUAAAAUAUUAAAUUUGACUUGGCUGGAUGAUAAUCAACGUAAAUAUUUGAGAGAAAUGAUGGCUGAAAGAAAAACGCGUGUGGAAAUGCGAGAUACGGUAGUAGAAUGGUUUAAUCAUUUACAACCUGAGGCAAAAGAGAGAGCUGCCGAUCUUUUCAAAGUUGGAUGUAAUAAACUUUUAAAAAUAAGACAAGAUGGGUGUGAUUAUUUUGGCUUGUUAGACUCACAAAAAAUAAACGAGCUCAAAAACUACGAUGAUUCGACAACUUAUGAUAAAAUAAAAGAAUUAAUUGCUCCAUUGAAAGAAAAAGUGGAACUCAGAAAUAUUGCCAGGGAUUAUAAUCAGACUUGUAGAGAACUUUUUGGUAUUGGAGAGGAGGAGGAAAUUGAAGAGAGGGAAGGUGGAAGACAAAGGCGAUCUUAUAACAAAAGAAGAAAUUCGAGGGCUGAACAAGAAACUGAAGAGGAAACUGAGGAAGAAGACAAUCGUGAGUAUAACUCUAGGGUGCUUAAUGUUGAAGUAACCAAUGAUGAACAAAGUGGAAGAGACGAUGAAGGUGAAGAAGACCACGAUUUUGGAGAUGAACACUUAAAUGCACACAGAACAUGGCUCACUUCUAAUCAGAAGCGAUAUUUGAAAAGAAUGAGAGAAAAAGGGCAUGAAAACCACGAAAUACAUGAAAAAAUAAAUGAAUAUCAUGAGACUUCGCCUGAUGAAGUUAAGAAAACAGCACAAGCCAUCCUCAAAAGAGGAUGUGAGUCUGUAUUUCAACGCUUGUUCGGAGAAUAUAUUGCUGACGAGAUCAUUCGUGCACGUGAACAGGGAGCUUCUACGGCCGAACUUGACGAGAAAAUAAACACAGCUUUAGGGCAUAUUAAAAAUGCGAAGAAGAGGAAAGAGGCGACUCGUUUCGCUGCUACGUGCCGUCGAAUAUUUACUAUGAUUGAACGACGUCGAAGAGGUGCAGUAUCUACCCCAAUUGAAGACUCGAGGCAAUAAUUUUAUUUCAAUCGUGACUGCUGGUUGA